GUGAAUGUAAGUGUAAGUGUACUCGACUUCUACCGACCUUUCUACCAAGUAACUCACCAUGUUAUACUCGACAAGUCUUCUUCUAUUCGAACGUGAACAGGUUGGAGGCGCGAGCUGUACGACGUCUCCCGACGACGCAACGAGCACCGCCUCUCACACACUGCCACCGGCUAUUACUCUGGCGGCCAUAUAAAAGGAAGUGACUACAGAAAGACUCAACAUAACUCCCCUUCGUGUUAUAUUUCCCACUCUCUACACCUAGAUUUCAGACUUCUCGCAUCCGAUCACACAUCUUCCGCUGAGUCAUACAAUAUCCCCCUCUAUGAAUCCUUCCCCUGCUUAUUCCUAUAUCUCACUGGACUCUUUCGACUCUGGCUCUUCACCUACCGGGAGUGACAUCAUGGACCAUAACACUCACGGCUUCUACCAGAUGGGUUCGUCGUCACUCGACAAUAAUGCCGAACGCCCUUCCUCAUGUACUCUAGAUUCCAGCUUCACUGGCGCACACCAUCCCUCCCUCCCAAGCCCUUCUCGAACAUCUCGAACAUCACCCACAGGUGCUAUUCGCCCCAGACAUUCUCCUGAAAGGCUGAUCGGGCUCGAUGCUCCCGUUCAACCUCGGAACUACCUCUCACCUUCCUCAACAUCUCGGAAAGAGAUCCCCACCUACUUUUUGAAACGGCGGCCUCAGCCCCAACGAUCAGAGGAGGAGGAGGACGAUGAGCUUAUUGAGGAGCUUCCCUCGAAUGCUACAGACCAGGAGAAAAUCGAGUUUAGACGUCAGCGGAACACUAUAGCUGCCCGCCGCAGUCGUAGGCGAAAGAUGGCGUACCAGCAGGAGCUUGAGGAGAGCGUUGAAAGACUGAAGAUGGAGAGGCAGAAAUGGAAGACUAGGGCUGAGACGCUCCGACAGCUUCUUCUGAGCCAGGGGAUUCCGUGUCCUGACUGGUCUGAGUGAUCGGUCUGAGGAUCGACGGUGACUACGUUCUCUCACCCCCUUCCCUCCGUCUCCCUAGUUCCCUCAUUGACUCCUUACUGGGGUUCAUCGGUUGUCGAUUGAAUUCCGCCAUUGGAUUGGUGUGUGCCUCCUCGCUUACCUUUCUCGAUCUCUUUGGACUGUCCAGCCUGCAUUCUUUUACCCUGGACUUAUGGCACUGGAUUCCGUCGCCCAAUCCGUGUUACCGUUACCUCUCUUACCGCAGACACUUCCGAAUGCGGUACUACUCCAGUUGUUUGACUCUCGCACUUUCCUCUGUCUCGUUGUUAUCGAACUGAUUAUCUCUUUUUGAAUGCUAUUGCUGUACAUACCUACUUUCUUUCCCCUUCACGUCGUACAAAAACUUUUGCCUUCCUUUUUCCGACAUUCCUUUUUUCGUGUCUUUGACACCCUCAUACCCGGCUCAUGGACCCAACUUAUAUAUUUUUACCCUCUUUCCCCCCUCCUCUUCCCUUGGCUACUCCUUGUAUCGGUAAACCUGCUGCAUUUUUCGCGAAUGGAAUGGAUGUGUUGUAUUACCUGUCAAC